AUGGCAGUACAACAGUUCUAUCUCCUUGGAGAGCCAGUAACGUCUGCGAGAGCAAUCGACAUCUCAUCAAACUUGGAUCUCGAUGGACUCAAGCACUUAGUUGCCUCUUAUUUCGCCAUUGUUGAGCCAAAUGGGAUUGGGUUCCAGGUUCAAGAAAGCGCAUUACAAGAAGUCUCAGACAUCGCUUCCAUCACUGGGCCAGUGGCUAUCUCUAUUGAUGGACAUGCUGUCCGCGACCCUCCUGGCCCUAAAGGGUUGCCAUAUCUUGGCAACUUCUUUGAGAUUUACCCAGACCACUUGGGUAACCAUCAGCGCCUUUUCCAUCACUACGGACCGGUCAUAAAGACCAAUAACAUGGGCCGUGUCGUCUAUCAAACGAAUGAUCCAAACAUUGCAACUAUUGCAUUUGCUGAGUCCGACUUCUUCACAAAGAAAAUUAACGAAGCCCAUCCACUCUACGCCUUGAAGACGCCAGCAGCUGGCGUUUUCCUGGGAGACACUGAUACAGAGGAAUGGAAGAUUGCCCAUAAAUUCCUACCUCCGGCACUUGGCCCCAAGGCUGUUCGCCACUACGCGCCGACUAUGCAAAAAACUGUCGAGGAUGCAUCUAAAGUGUUUGAUGCUCUUGAUGAACAGGGUGAAGCGUGGAAUGUCUACCAGUAUAUGCUCAAGCUUGGAGCCCAAGCCGUUGGCAAGCUUACCCUGGGCCUUGACUUUAACCAUUUUUCUUCACCUGAUGCACCUGUCCAUGAGAUGGUCCAUCUGAUUGCCGAGGUGCUAUCGUUAAAUAAGAAGGUUACUUCCAAAGGCGAUUGGUACAGCAGCCUGCCUUUUGGUGAUCCCAAGCGCUUGAAGGACGUUAAGCGUCGGGUCGAAGAAAUGGUCGAGGAGUCUAUUCAGAGGGCUGCUAGAGGCGGCGUAGAAGAUCUUCCUCUCCAAGACGCUGCCGUGGAGGCAACAAACAUGGUUGAUUACGCGAUCCGAGCUGUUGACAACAAAGGCGAGAAGCUGCCAAAGUCUAGCCUCGUCUGGGCUCUUGUUGUCGCCACUGGAGCUGGCUUCACAACUACCAGCUCGCUGCUUUCAUGGCUCAUUUAUGGAUUAGUCACCUAUCCAGGAAUGCAGGAGAGACUCCUGCAAGAGCUGGUUGACAACGAUUUCAAUGAAGAUACCCAGAUUACUUCAGAUUACACGGAUCGAUUGGUAUUCCAAGACAAAUACAUCAAAGAGAUGCAGCGAAAGCACAACCCGUCUUUUCAGCCGGGACGAACAGCGAAAACCGAUCUCAUCCUUCCGGGAGGCUAUAAAAUUCCUAAAGAUGCUGUCAUGAUUCCUGCUUUGCACCAUAUCCACCAUAACCCUGAUCUCUGGACCAACCCAGACAAGUUCGACCCUGAUAGAUGGGACACGGACGAAGUUAAGAACAGACCAAAGGGAUCGUAUAUGCCAUUUGCUGCAGGACCACGAAUGUGCAUUGGAUUCAACUUUGCACUCCAAGAGAUCAAAGUCUUUUUACCAAAGUUGAUUUACCGAUACAAGUUCACUCGCGAAGGAGACGCGACGGUCGAGUACGAUCCCAUGUUCCAGCUAAUCAGACCAAACAACUUGUACGUGCGCGCCGAAAGACGCGUCAAGUGGCCGCCCAAGUCUGAGGCUGUACCAUCCAAGAAUACUGCUGCAUAA